AUGCUCAACUGGCCCAGGUGAGAGCAGCGAUCGACGAGUGGAACCGUUACACCUGUUUAACAUUUCGGAAUGCGACUUGGAAUGAUCGCAACAGAAUAGUUUUGGGGAAUGGCGGAGGUUGUUCUUCCUACGUUGGCAUGAUCGGAGGUGCUCAAUACGUUUCUCUCGCUCCUGGAUGCCGCAUCAAAAGAAUCAUAGUUCACGAAAUCGGUCAUGCUGUAGGAUUUCAACACGAACAGACGAGGCCCAACCGCAAUAAUUACGUCUAUAUAUUAGACAACAAUAUCCCAGCAGGCGUCCGCUAUAACUUCCAGAGGUACACCAGUGCUGUUGUCAACGACUAUGGUGUUCCUUACGAUUAUACAAGUGUCAUGCAUUACGGGGCUUACGCAUUCUCUUCAAAUGGCCGAAUGACAAUCCAGACGAAAGAUAGAAGUUAUCAGCACGUCAUAGGUAAAUCUCCUGGCCUCAGCUUCAGAGACAUCAAACUAGCCAACCUUAUGUACACAUGCGACAGUCGCUGCCCAAAUAGAGCUACUUGUCCGAACGGUGGUUACCGUGCCAAAGAUUGUAAAUGCUACUGCCGAGGUUCUUCGCCAAGCAAGCCAACGCAACUGUGUUCAGGCGGAGGUGGGGGAGGAGGUGGUGGAGGUGGAGGAGGAGGUGGUGGAGGUGGUGGUAAAGACUGUGUUGACAAAAAUAAUUUUUGUGCAUCGUGGGCAAAGAAGGGAGAAUGCAAAAAAAACCCUGGAUACAUGCUACCGAACUGUAAAAAGUCUUGUAAGCAAUGUAGCAAGUGCGAGGAUCAAAAUAUGCAUUGUUCUUACUGGGCCAAAAGCGGGGAAUGUAGAAAGAACCCUGACUACAUGAUCUCAAAUUGUAAGAAAUCUUGUAACAAGUGUGACGUCAAAACUGACGAUUCCGACGCACCUGAACGUAAGUUUAGCUUUGGCUUCUUCUACUCGGUUGCCAUUCACUUUUCCUGCUCCACCCGCUUUCUACUGUUAUUGCUAUUGCUUUUGAAAACUAACGAGUAUGAUUCUGCUGUUGACGAUGCUGUUCCAAUGGCUGUUGCUACACUGAUUGUUGUUGCAGCUUUUAGCUGGCAGAGGCACUGUGCAGCAAUUCAGUUGUUUGUGGUCCGUUGCUCUACACUUGUCUCGACUAUGGCCUUAGUCCGUGCUUGUGUGUCCUUGCUGCUUAUUGCACUCUUCUAUAACUAUGCAACUGUUCAGGUGUCUGCAGACUCUGCCAUCGAUGAGGUUAUAUUAGAUGCCGCCAAUUCCAACCGAGACUUUCAGGAUUCAUCUCAUGAAGUCGUCGAAACUGACGAACAACGGCAAGCACUCCAGAGAUUAAGCCAAAGUGGAGAAAGUCAAAGGGAAAAGAAACAAGUUGCCGGACAUCGUUUUCGUCGCUGGCUUCACGGAGGAAUUUCUUUUGGAUUGCAAAUACACAAUUGUCUUGAUCAAAACGAACAGUGUCCUUAUUGGGCCGGCAUCGGAGAAUGUGGAAAGGACCAUAACUACAUGUAUACUAACUGUAAGAAAUCUUGUAAGGUGUGUGACUCCCAGCCUCCGAAUCCUGCAAUAUUUGAACUUCCGAAUCCUGUAGUAAUUGAACCUCCGAAUCCUGCAGUAUUUGAACUUCCGAAUCCUGUAGUAAUUGAACCUCCGAAUCCUGUAGUAUUUGGACAUUGUCUUGAUCAAAAUGAAGAUUGCGCAUUUUUGGCCACUAUCGGGGAAUGUGACAAGAACCCUAGCUACAUGUAUACAAACUGUAAGAAAUCUUGUAACAUGUGUCCUUUUAACACUCACGUUCCAGGAGUAUCUGAAAAUUGUCUUGAUCAAAAUGAGAAGUGUUCUUAUUGGGCCUUUAUCGGAGAAUGUGCCAAGAACCCUAUAUAUAUGCAUAGUAACUGUAAGAAAUCUUGUUGGUUGUGCGGCUCCACAAAUUCAGAUUUAGUAGGAUUUGAACAUUGUCUUGAUCAAAAUGAGAAGUGUUCUCAUUGGGCCAAUAACGGGGAAUGUGACAAGAAUCCUAUAUACAUGCAUAGUUACUGUAAAAACUCUUGUCAGUUGUGUGACUCUCAGCCUUUGAAUCCAGGAGUAGUUGAACCCUGCAUUGAUAAUAACGCUAAAUGUGCUCACUGGGCCAAAAGUGGCGAAUGUGACAUAAAUCCGGUUUACAUGCUUACAAACUGUAAAUCGUCUUGCUCUGCCUGUAAGCUAAAUUGAUCCAAGAAAUUCCAGAAAUUCCAGAAUAACUCGAUACUUACCAUUCUUCAUUAGAAUUCAUUUAAACCAACAUUUUACAUACCAAGAUUUAUUACCAUGAAAUCAAUAAAAAUAAUAUUACUUUUAUAUAUAUUUGAUAAUAAUAAUAAUUCAUUAGUCACAGAGCUUAAAUAAAUUCAGUUGUUCAUUGAAA